AUGCGCGAAAGCGGUAGUCAACGAAAUCUUGAAUCCACUUCUGUUGGAGGAACCGAUGCAAAUAGAAACCAAUCAAAAAGAACUGUAUUGCCAUCGAUUCGUCAAUUGACGGAAACAACGACAGAGCAAUAUCGACAACACCGACAACAGCAACACCAGCAUCAACACCAGCAACAACUGCAGCAACAACCUUUGCCAAAUGACAUACAACUUAAUGCAUAUUCUCAGAGUCAGCAACGGCAACGGCAGCUCGAUUUUCAACAUGAAAACUAUAGAAAUGCAGUAACAUCUGCUCCUGGCUCAUUAGCUUCACAAAAAAAUUCUGAAUUGAAUAGAUCUUCCAUGAUCAAGCAACGGUUACCCAAGAGAUUUUUUUGCAAAACAUGCAACCAGGGAUUUACAAGGAAACACAACAUGGUUAGUCAUGAAUUGAUUCAUUCAUCACUGAAACCGCAUAUUUGCACCGUUUGCAAUUUGAAAUUUCGGAGAAUCCAUGAUCUAAAGAGACAUGAGAAACUACAUACUGGAGAAAGGCCGUACUCUUGUGAUCGCUGUUCAAAAACAUUUGCAAGACCAGAUGCGUUGACGAGACAUCAAAACUCAGCCAACGCAUGUACCCGUCUGGAUAGAGCAACGUCAUUCAUUGCAGGUGAUAAUGAUGAUAAUGAUAAUGAUGAUAAUAAUAAUAAUAAUAAUAAUGAUGAUGAUGAUAAUGAUCAUGAUGAUGCUCUGGGCACUGUUUCCUCUUCUGAUAAUGCAUCUUUAUUUAGUGGAAACGCACUGGCUAGUAAGACGAGAAAGAGUGGUAAAGGUGGUAGGUCGCAAUCAACAUCAAUCUCAACCGGCUCUUCCAAUCAUUUUGAUUCCGAAUACAAAGUACCACCUUUCAAGCCAUUUGGAGUGCCAGUGGAAAAGCUCAGGUCGAAUGCAACGUCGUCUAUGGUUGCUGAUAAUUCAAACUCGAUUAUUCUGAAUCGACUUCCCGCGAUUUCUGUUGUUCAUAAUGCGGCGUCAACAGCCAUGAGUGGUGAUUAUCCGAUACUACCGCAUCCAUUUCAGCCAUUUGCAGAGAGGGAUCUGGAUGAUCAACCUAAUCGACAUACUCCGUUUGCUCGUUCUAGACUUCCGUUGUUACCAAUGCGGAACGCUAGUGAUAACCUUAAUGGUGAAAGGAUAACACAAGUUUUUCCUCAACCAAUUGCGAAUCAAUAUCAAAGAAUUACAUCUGCACCACCUUACGCUGCUACAAUGCAUGAUUCACACCAAAUGGUUCCUACGUAUAGCCAACCUACAAAAUGUAUAGCAGGACCCGGGCAAGGUGUAAGAUUGGUGCGUACAACAGCAAGCGAGUUGCAACUAGGGUCCAACCCUUGUUUUGAUCUGGUUCAAGCUCAGUUGCAUGCUGGGCAUCCAACCUCACAAACCACUAACCUGGUUCCGUAUUCACAGCAUCAGCACCAUCAUCAGCAUCAUCAGCAUCAUCAGCAGGUACAGCAGUUACAGCAGGUACAGCAACAGCAACCGAUACAACAGCAGCAGGUUCAGAUACCUUUAGAACCACAACAUAAAGGACACGCACCGACUGGCAAUAUUUUGCAUCCGACAGCUGACCACCAUUUUGUACAAGGGCCUACAACUUUGCAGCACAGGAGCCACGUGGACAAUAUACCGAAUCAACAUGUUCACUUUGAAAUGCAGAAAAACGGGGUGCUGAGCACAAAUAGCAAUACAAAAAGUGGUAAUGUGAUGGGUUCUAAUGAGGGACACUUUCCAGUACAAGAGCGAUUUAUUUCAUUGUCUGAAUACCAAAAUUUAGUCCAGUACACUCAUUCGCUUGAAAGUGAUCUAACACGUCUACACCUGCAAUUAGCAAAAUUGAAAGAUGGUCGGAAAGAAGAUAUGCUGAAACGUACGUGA